CCAACCGAACCACCUUCUAUGUGGCUAAACCAGAACCCAAUCGUGACUGUCACUACCAGAAUGAUAUUGCGAAUGACCUUGUCAUUCCAACAGCGAUGUUUCGGCUUGUCGACUGUAGUCUAGGCAUAAAGGGCUGAGUCUCGGGGGCGCCUUGAGUUAAAAAUUACCAUGUUUCAUCUAUCUUGUUUUUCUUUCUGCUUUCUCAUAGCACUGUUUAGUACGUUCAAAUCCUUCCUAACGGUGAGUAGUAGUAGUAUGAAUAGACUGACAAAGCAUCAGAUGCGCCCUCACGCUUCUUUUAUACUCCCGACUCAGUCGACACACACACACACACACACACACCGACCACGACAAAGUAUCGAAGUUGGAGCAAUGGUCUUUACAUCUCUAUGAAGAUUUAGCACCA